AAACAGAAAGCACGAUCAUCAAACUGAAAUAUGACUUCAAAAGAACGAGAGAAUUUCCUACGGAAUGCCAUAUUAGUUGUUGAUCAUUCUAAAGCUGCUCUAGUGUCUUUAGUAGAACUAGAUGUGCAAAAAAAAGGUCAGACGUUUGAACAGUUUGUUAACACAAAUCAACAUGAAAUAUAUCAUUUAUAUAACCGUUCAAGGUGUUGUCAAUGUCCACAGGGACAUUAUCCGCCCCGUACAUCUCGUAUUCUGCAUCAAUCACAAAUGGAAUUGUUGUUCGACCUAUCAUCAAUAAAGUUACCAUGUCAUAAUACAGUCAGGCGGUCAGAUGACUUCUGUUGCAGCAUGGCUAGGUCAGGUCUUUGCACUGAUGUUCUCGAUCUAACCUUAGCCAGAUGUUUGUUAGUCCAUUUGUGCAGCGAUGUAUUCUGGUUUAGCUGUCUUCAGUUACAAUCCAUAACAUUGGAAGAUUUUCUCAACCACAACAAGCAUGAACUGUAUCAUCUAUGGCAGUACAAUGCACCAUGUUGUCAAUGUCCACCAGGGUAUACAUUUCCAACUAACCAUUCCGUGUUGUAUCAAAAUGACUGGACGCAGAUGUUUAAUACCGUCCUGCUGCCUUGCACUAAUCAUAGAAAGAGAUCCAGUCCAGGGAGUAUGCAAAGUAUCUGCUCCGUUGCAGCGGCACAUGGUAGAACAUUGAUGAAUCUUGACCCAUCCGUAAGCAAAAUCAUAUUACAGCAUAUCUGUACUCUACGGAUGGCUGUUGAAACUUUGGUUCAGAUCAGGAACCAGGACUACGGUCAUGCUAAAGAAGGUAUGAUGUCUGAUAAAGAUUAUAACACAUCAAUUAUCAAGAUAGAACGUUGUAUUUUAGAAAUUGCUAAAGUGUGUAAUAAGGAAACACAUUUUAAGCAGAAAUUACGCGAAGCAAAAGAUGGUGCACUCGAUCAAACUCUUUUCACACAGUAUCAAAACAAUUUGAUGGAAACACUUACCAGACAAGCAGACAUUCAUCAGAGUGUUGCAGAAAUAGGACCUUGUCUCAACAAGAUAGGUAAAAAAAUCGCAGAAAAAGCAGGAAAAUUUCCAAAACUUAUGGAUGAAUGUGUUAUGAAAGGCUAUGAUUAUCAAGAACAACUCAUGGAAAGGUUUAACCAAACGUUAGUUAAAGUCAAAAAUCAAACACACAUGGAAAUCGAUUGUCAUGUGGAGGAACAAACAUUUGUCGAAACUAAUGCUGUCAGGAAAUGUAAGGAAUGGAUAUACAAAAAGGAUGUCUUCGUCAUCAUUGGUAAUGAAGGAUCAGGGAAGUCUAGAAAUGGGUUGGAAAUACUUAGGCAGUUUGGUCUAAUAGAUGAAGACUUUGACUUAUUGAAAGUAACAAAUAUCAAACAGGUAAAGGACAUAAUUACCGAUAGAAGAAAAACUGCUUUAUUAAUAGAUGAUGGAUUUUCGUCUAAAGAAUACUCUAAUACUAGAUCAAAUAGUUAUAAUAUAUUAGAUCUGUUAAAUGCAAGGAAAUUUAAAGGGAAUAUGAAGAUAGUCUUUACAGUGGACUCUACAAAAAUUAAUUCAUUCAAAUAUUUUCUUGUUUCUCAUAGGUUGUUUCAAAAUUAUUCUAAAAUUGAUCUUAACUCUCCCAGCUUUUGCAUGAGCGAAGACGAAAAAGUGAAAUUAUUGUCUAAUUUUUGCAAAAAACAUAAGAUUGAUAUUGCAUGGUAUUCAUACGAUGGUAACGAAGAUUUUAGUUUAGACGGGAGAACAGUUUAUGAAAUCGCCAAAACGGACCCGUUUAUAGGAUAUCCCAAAGUAUGCUUUAUGUUUACCUCGAACAAAAGAUUUUUACGUUUAGGUAUUAACUUUUUCACACAUCCAGAUCAAUCCCUUAUGACUGAAAUAAAUUCACUAAGAGAUUCUACCGACACAAAUCUUGAAAUGAAUAUUUCUUAUGCUUUGUUGGUAUCCACACUUUUAAAUACUGGUUGCUUAGAAAUAGACGAAAUAGACAUAUCAAAACUAGAGACAAUCAUGGAAUCAUGUGGAAACUGUCAACGGAAACGUUUAUUCAACUGUAAAAUCAAAAAAAUUGCAGAGCAAAUGGAAGAUCACUUUUUGAAACAAAACACUCAAACAUUGGUUUAUCAUUUCAAACAUCCAAUGAUAUAUGAAGCAUUAGCAAUAUCAUAUUUUGAGGUCAAUCCGUCAGCUGUUAUUUCAGUGUUAAAGUUUGAUUUUAUAAUCGAUUUAAUACGAUUAGAGAAGGAUGAUUGGGGACAAAAGGAGAUCAGUUUGAUCAUUACAAAAGAAUUGUUUGUAUAUUUAACAAAGCGACUUUUCACCAUAUUUGAGAAAGAUUAUAAAAUGAGAUCCGCUGAGUUUAUAAAGACACUUUGUAGUUCAUCAAUCAUACUUCAGAAUAACCCAGAUUUUAUAGGUCCUUUAUUUAAGCAAUUUGACAACUGUACAUCACAAGAUACGAUAGACAUACACAUUGAGGGUAGACGUGAUACGAUGUCAUUCAACUUUCCAAGAGCCCUAUUAUGGUUCCUUAUACAGAAACAUAACGUAGAUAAACCAAUUGCAACAGUUCUUCAUUUCAUUGAAAAUGACAUGAAAGACGAGCAAAAUAUGGAAAAAGUUAAAGCGAGUAAAAGAGUAGUAGUGGCAUGUUUCUAUUAUUUGUGUGAAACAGACAACUCAGAUAUGAAGUUGGAACUAAUAUAUGGAUUGAUAAAGGAGUAUGGAAUAGAGUGUAGUUACGAUUAUAGCAUACAAAUAGCAUUGAAAAAUGGUAAUGAUACAGCCGUUAGCUUCCUUUUAUGCCAGGUAUCGAAAGAAAUUGAUAUUGUGAAAUUGGUUCUUGAAGUAGAACAUGUAGAAGAUAUUAGAAGAUUGUGCGAGUUAAUAUCAACAAAUCUUUCCAUAGAAUGUAUUGACACAUAUAACAAAACCGAUAUUCUGAAUAUUUUGAUAAGGUCGUUCCCACAGAAUUUCUUCAACUUAAGAGAAUCCAUCAAUACUGCCUGCAGCAAACUUUGUAAGAAUCUUGUAACAGGAAUUUUGAGUGAUGCUCGGAAUUUGACAUUUGAUACAGGUAAUAUUGUAAAUACAGCCUGUGAGAAUGGCUGGGAGGAUGCAUUAAAGAUUUUGUUAAACAAAAAGUUAUGUAAUCAGAGUGAAAAGAAUCAAAUCUUAACUGCUUCUUGUAAAGAUGGCAUGGAAACAUUUCUGAAGUGGAUGUUUUUAACAGUCGACACAGAUGAGCUAGACGUUCAACAAUUUGUCCUUCAUGAGUUCAGAUGCGAACAUUUCGAGACUGUACAAAAUUUUAUUUUGAAAUUACAAGACCAUAAGGAAAUGGAAAUAAUGAUAAAGAAUUUAGUUACACAAUUCAGUUUGCCGAUUUUACGUUUCAUUCAAUGGGUUUUAGAAGAUACUGAAAAACAAAUAGUUACUGGUAAUAAAAACGAUUUACAAAGUUUAUACAUAGUUCAGUGGAUAUAUCAGAGAUUCCCAAACUUACAAACAGAUGUAAGAAACACUGUAUAUAAAACAAUCAACGACACAUGUGAUGAUUCUGAUGAGAUAUUACAAUGGUUAAAUGAGAAUACCAAAGUAAUUGAUCACCCUGUAACAUCGUUACUUGAGUUUUCUUGUAAAAAUGGUCUUCAGAAAAUAGUCAAAUGGAUUCUGCAAACAUUUGACCACAAUACACUGAAUAUAAAUGAAAUGAUAAUUGCGGCAUAUAACGCAGGAUAUACCAAAAUAGCUGAAGUCAUCAUCAGGAAAGUUGAUUUGAACAAAGUUGACGUAACUUCAAUGAUUACUGCAAUGCUUUCAACAUGUCAAAGUAAUAGUUCAAAAGAUCUUUUUCUUUUCUUGAUACAAAAUUUUGACCAGACAUAUUGCAGGUGGAUGGAGAUCGUCACAAUAAUCAUUGAUUUAGAGUUGUAUAAUUACAUUGAACUUAUUUUACAACACGUAGAUAAUUCAAAGAUUGAUAUGAUGAAAAUAGUCAAGAACAAAAUGAAUGUCCUUUCGGAAAAAAAAUUAAAGGAGUUGAUACAAAGCAUCAAGCAGGAAUUACUUGAUAUCAAUUACAUUGUCUGGGCUGCUUUCAAAAUCGGAUAUCAUAACAUUGUAGCUUGGUCAAUAAUUAAUGAUGACCAAAAUGCUUUUAAUAAAUCAGAACUAUUUGAUGCAGCUGUGUUUAAUGGUAAUACCGAUGUUAUGCGUUAUCUACUAGAAAAUAUUGACCACAAAUUGUUAGAUAUAGAAGAAGCUGUGGAUAUUGCUUGUAGACGAGGAAAGUUUGAUAUAGUUGAAAUGUUGUUGUUGAAUGUUGACGAUAUAGCGUUUGAUGUAAAAGCGGCAAUAGAUAAAGUUUUUAGUGGUAUCACAUUCGAUACGGUAAAGACCUUGUCAGAUAAUGAUAAUCUUUUAGAAAUUAACAUAGAUAAAGUUUCAGAAUGUGAACGUAUUAAGGUUGUAAAGUUGAUGUUAAAAUCAUUUGACCAUGAAUCGUUUGAUUUGACCACAAUCAUAAAUACAGCAUAUGAACAACGAUGGUUUGACUUAAUUAAAUGGGUGAUAGAGGAAGUUGAUGAUUCGCUGCUCGAUUUAAAUGAGAUAUUAAGUAUGUCUUGUCAAUUGGAACGCUUAGACAUUGUCAUACUAUUAGCAGGGAAAAUUGUAAAUUCAAAUGCGGAUAUAGGAACUGUUAUGAGAACUGUGUUCAUCCACGGUUCGUUCAACUUUAUUAAGCUUUUAAUAGCUAAUAUUGAUAUAUCAUUAAUGGAUCUGGGGGAAGCAAUGAAUGACGCAUGCCGUGAUGGUAAAAGUGAACUAGUUAGGCGGUUAAUAGAAAGUGAUAAUGAUAUGACAGACUUAAAUCGUCUCAUAAAGAUAGCUUGUGACAGAAAUUGGCUUGACGUAAUCAAAUCUAUCGGACAAGCUAAAGGAAUUACAAUACUUGAUUUAAAGACAGCAAUGAAAGAAGCCUGUCGUUAUCAAAGAAUGAAUAUUGUAAGGUGGUUGAUACAACAUAAUGAUAAUACAAUGUUUGGUUUUAAAACGGGUUUUGAAGAUGCUUGUAGAGACAGACACAUUGAUAUAAUUGAGACAUUGAUACAAUAUGUUGAUCAUAAUUUACUUGGAAUUGAUAAUGUAAUUUACUUUGCAUGUGACUCAGAUAACUUUGAGCAACUUAAAUGGUUGAUAGAGAAUGUUGACAAUAAAUUAUUUGUUAUGAAGAAAGCAAUGAAUGUAGUUUGUCUUUAUGGACGUCUAAACAUAAUGAAAUGGUUGAUAGAAAAUAUUGACAAUAAAUUAUUUGAUAUGAAGAACGCAAUGAAUGUAGCUUGUUUUUAUGGUCGUCUUGACAAAAUGAAAUGGUUGAUAGAGAAUGUUGACAAUAAAUUAUUUGAUAUGAAGCAAGCAAUGAAUUAUGCUUGUAUUCAAGGAAAUCUUGACACAGUGAAAUGGUUGAUAGAAAAUAUUGACAAUGAAUUAUUUGAUAUGAAGCAAGCAAUGAAUAAUGCUUGUAAGAUUAGAAAUCUUGACACAGUGAAAUGGUUGAUAGAAAAUAUUGACAAUGAACUAUUUGAUAUGAAGCAAGCAAUAAAUAAUGCUUGUAUGAAUGGAAAUCUUGACACAGUGAAAUGGUUGAUAGAAAAUAUUGACAAUGAACUAUUUGAUAUGAAGCAAGCAAUGAAUGAAGCUUGUAAUGCAAAUGAGGAGGACAUGGUGAAAUGGUUGUUUAAGAAUGUUGACAAUACAUCAUUUGAUAUAAAGCGAGUUAUUAGUCAUGCUUGUGAGUGGGGAGACCAUGACUUAAUGAAAAUGUUAAUAGAGAAUAUUGCCAAAUUUGAUCAUACGUGUUUCCAUUUACAGUCAUUAUUAUACACGAUAUUUGAUUGUUGUAAUGACGAGGAAUCAAUGUGCUACAAAAGCAGUCUUCAGGAAAUGUUAUUGGUGAUUUGUAAACAAGGACAAAAGAAAGAAAUCUUUUGGACAGACGUGUUGAAUAAAGCAUGUGUCUUCGGAUUUCUUGAAGUUGUAGAAUGGCUUUUAACUAAUGUCCCAAGUAAUAUUUUUGAUUUUGAUACAGCAAUUGCAAAUGCAUUGUCGUCGAAAUCGGAUAGCAUUAUCAGAUUCAUUAUUGAAAGGAACUGUCAUACUGUUACGGAUAUACGAUUCUUGACGAACUUGUUAUGCCACCAUGGGUAUACCGAUAUAGCAUUAUGGCUUUUGCAAAACAAUAAACAUUCGUUGUUUGACUUACAAACUAUGAUGAACGAAGCAUGUCUGCACGACGAUUUGUCUUUAGUAAAGUAUCUAUGGGAAAAGGUCAAUCACAACUUAUUUGACAUGAAAACAGCAAUGACAAAAGCUUGUAGAGGUGAACAGAGUACCAUUACAAUAGAAUGGUUGUGGAGAAAUAACGAUCAGCAGUUGUUCGACAUGAACGUUUCAAUGAAUAAUGCUUGCAGAUAUGGAAGACAAAACGUCGUGGAAUGGCUUUGGGAAAAUAUUGAUCAGUCAAAUUUCAGAUUGAAUGAAGCGUUUUACAAUGCAUGUAGGAAUGAACAAUAUGAUGUCGUUAGAUGGAUGUUAGAAAAAGUGCCAAGAGAAUUACUAGAUAUUUCGAAUGCCCUACACACUGCAUGUCCUGGAAAUACCAAAGACGGUAUUGUAAAGAUUCUUUUACAAAAUAUAAAUAUUUCUAGCAUAAAUGUCAAUUUGAUCAUACGUGAAGCAUGUAAUCAUGGCAAAACAUCAAUUAUUCAAUAUUUACUGAACAUGACAGAUGUCAAAAUGAUUGACAUGAAUCAAGCAAUGACGAAUAUUCUUUCUAUUGAUGUCAAUUCCGAUUCAUAUGCAGACCAAGACAAACUGCUGAUAGAUGAAAAGAAACAACAAUUGGCUACGACAAUUAUACAGAAGACCACAUUGUCUAUGUUAAAGACUGACGAAUUGAUAAUAGAAAUUUGCAAGAAUGGUUGGCUCGAAUUGCUUCAGUUGAUAUGGUCAAAUAAGGAUCAUAGCAAUAUAAAUAUCGAUCAAUCAAAAAUUGAUAUAGCUUGUGAAUACGGAAGAGAAAACAUUGUUCAUUGGGCGGUUAGUAAUCUUGACCCCAAUAUGAUUAAUGUAAAAGCCUUGAUGACUCAAUCUUGUAGUUUAGGGUGGCUUGAGAUUGUGAAGAAAAUAUGGACAACUGAAGAAAACGGCAACUUCGAUAUAAAAUCUGCAAUGAAUGAAGGCUGUUCGUAUGCGCGAGUUGAAGUAGUAACAUGGCUCAUACAAAAUGCAGACAAUAACCUUUUUGACAUGAAUGUUGUUAUGGAAAUAUCCUGUAGAAACGGCUGGAUCGAUAUCAUAAAGAAUAUUCUACCCUUGGACUUAAGUACAUGUAAUGCAACAGUCGCUAUAACGGCGGCAUGCACUACCGGUAGUGUUGAGCUUGUUCAAUUAUUACUAAAUCAAUUUGGGAAAGAAAUUAUUGAUUUUGAUCAAAUAUCGAAAUCGAUAUUAACAUCUUCAAAAAACGCUGAUCUGGUGAUUUCGUUACUGCAAAAUAUCGAUUUUGAUAAGUUUGAUAUUCGUAAAAUUUUCACGGCUGCAUGCGGGUUUGGAUGGAUCGAUGUUCUUAAGUAUAUCAAAGCCAAAGCGAGUACCAACUGCAAUGUCAGCGGCGGGAUGAUAAAAGCCUGUAAUCAAGGUGAGGAUAAAAUCGUUACUUAUUUGCUCCAAGAAUUUCCACAUUAUCGAUUUGAUUUCCAAUCUUCGCUACUUGCAGCUUGUACAAAGGGCUGGGAUGAAAUAGCAGAAAUCCUCUUAGAUACUGUUGACCACAAUAUACUACAUAUUGAAAAUAACUUCAUGAAUAUAUGUCGAAGCGGUGAGGCUGACAUUGUGAGCAUAAUAUUAAAAAAAGUGGAUCACAAUCUUUUAAAUUUGAACGAGACUAUAAACACACUGAGUAAAGAUAAGAAAAAUGAACAGGUGGUACUAAACAUAAUAAAAAACGCACACAAAGCAAAAUGGGACAAACAAAAUUUGAUUGAGAAAGCGAGAGAACACAGUUGGUGGAAAGUUUUAGUUUUUCUAAAUAUAUGAUUUUUACGUACCAAUAGAAAUAUUUUAACUGUUUAGAUACUUCUGUAAAAAGAUUUUGAUUAAAUUAGGUAUACCUGAUCACUUACUUUUUGUUCCGAAAAAAUGGACAAAUUCAGCUUAUUCAAAAUGAAAGACGGAAAAAAAUGUGUUUUAAAGAACCGUUUGUACUGACAGUACAACUUAACUGGAUACACAAAUAAAAAAGUACUUAUAAGAUAUGUCAAGCAGAACGUACCAUCAAACCCAUAAGUCUGGCUUUCUAAGUCGUAGAUGUGUUAAAAGCAUUGAUAUUCAAUUUUCCAAUGUACAAAUAGAGUUUUAUUCUGGUAUUAUGUAGAUAAAUUACAAAAAACGCUCUGCACAUAUUGGUUUCGCUUUAGAAAAUGUUUUUUUUUUAAUUAACUCUGUAGAGAUAUCCCAUUAAAAAUUAUUGAAUUAUUAAGGUGGCUGGGGUGUCUUCUUCAAUCUUGGAUUUUGAAAUAGCAGAUAACAAUUGGUCUAGAUCUUUAAGGAAAUGUGCAAAUUUUGAGAGUAGUAUGUUAUUCAAGUGUAAGACUUUUCAUGUUAAUAAAGAAAAUUAUGUGUUUUAUCAUAUUUACGUCUGUAUUUUCAAAAAAACACAAUAUUUUAGUUUGGUUAAUUUUUUUCAACUUUGCCACAUAAGGGGAGAUAACUCACAUAGAAGGGGAGAUAACUCAGAUAAAUUUAUUUUUAUAAUAGAAAGUGUUGUGAAUUUACCUAUUUUAUUAUGUAGCAAGAAAAAAAAUCGGUGACCCCAUUUUUUCUGUUUCUUAUCUGAAAGCAUGUUAUAAGAGCUAUCAUCUCACAUUUUAUCUUAAAAUUCUAUGGUGUAGUUUUCUUUUUAUCACUCAAUUUUGGAUUUUCCAUGCAUAGUCUAUGCAAAAGCUGACAAUUGUGCACACCCUAUAGCGUGAAAAAAGUCAUGUGACCCAUACUUUUUAUUAUAUUUUAGAAAAAAACAUGAUAAAAAUUACAUUUUGACAAAUUAUUAAAAAAUUCUAUGGAUUUUAAUAAAGACCCCCAUCCACCUUAAAUGAAUUUACGGGUUUGUGAUCUGCAUGGGGUCGUUUAAAAAUAAAUGAAAACAAAGCUAUUUUUUAAUUUUGUUGAUUUGAGUAUAUUUGUAUAAGAUGUUUACUUUUGCACAAACAAAUUUGGAGAUGCAUAUAUUUCUUUGUAUAUGAGUGGUUUUUUUUUUAAUUUUGUUGAUUUGAGUACAUUUGUGUAAGAUAUUUACUUUUGUAUAAAGGAAUUUGGAGUUGCAUUUAUUCCUUUAUGUGUAAUUUAGAAUUAUGAGUGCUUUUUGUGAUUAUCAUGACCUAUUUGAAGAAAAACUAAAAUCAGUUUAUUGCUGAAGUGUUUCUUUUUGCACGGAUCCUUAAAUUUAUUAUAAAAGUGCAUGUGUUGUAUAGUGAUAUGGACUAAUUGCAGGAUUGUAAUUUUGUGUAUCUAAAUAUAUCAAGAUAUGAUCAAUAGUUUUUCUUAUCAAUAUUCAUACUAUUUAAAUUAGAAUAAUAUUUAAACUUACUUUUUAUUUUCCUAAAAGCCAAAAAUAAAACGUGAUUUUUCUAUGCAAUAUGUUUUUUGGUGAUUGUUUUACACUUUUGAAAUCCCUGUUUUUAUUUGGUCAAUAAACCUUUAAACACUAAAGCUGUAAAUAUAGCAUAUAUUUGAAAACUGUCCAACAGAUUUUAAGAAGGUGAAUUUUCAAAAUGAUAUUACUUACUAGUACUUGAUAUAUUCCAUCAUUUUGUACAAUGUUUUAUAAAAGAAUGUUUAUGGGUUUCUGUCAUGUAUUUUCAGGUAACACAGGAUAAUGUUUUUAAUUCCGAGAUGUGACAUAGAUUUAAUUUUGUUUUGAAUGUACUUUCUCACCCUUUUCGAGAUAUUUGUCAUGCAUCUUUAUCACCUGGUAUUAUUUUUGAUGAACAGAUAAAUGUGCAACUGAUCAAAACACCUCUAAUUUUUUUUCUAAUUUUUUUUCCGUUUUUUUUUUGUACAUUAAUUUAUUGUCAAAGAGUAUAUUCAUCUGGGAAUUUUUCUCAAGUUUACAGCAGAAAUGUCAUAUGCAUAUAUUUAGAUGUAAUUUUUUUAUUGAUAUCUUUUUUUUAAAUUUCAACCUAAGUUAUGCCUUUGUAUUACGUUGCAUUAGUUUAACUCUUUGAUUUUUGUUAUAAAUGCUGACAGUAUUUUUAGCCAUCAUAAUCAGUCUUCAAAAAUACCGAACUCCCAGAAAAAUUCUAAACGGAAAUUCCCUAAGCAAAUGGCACAAUCAAAAGCUCAUCAAGCGUAUGGAUAACAACUGUCAUAUUCCUGACUUGGUACAAGCAUUUUCUUAUGUAGAAAAUGGUGGAUUAAACCUGGUUUUAUAGCUAGCUAAACCUCUCACUUGUAUGACAGUCGCAUAAAAAUUCCAUUAUAUUGACAAUGAUAAGUGAACAAAAAAACCAGACAUAAUAGGUAAAAAUGUCAAAAAUAGGGGUACAGCAGCUAAUAUUUUGUUAUAAUUUUAAUUACUAUAAAUACAAACAAAUAUUUCAACAAUGAAAAAGAAAAAGGCCUAUAGACAAAACACUUAGGCAAAAACGAAAGACAAGAAUACAAUUAUUUAACAUAGCACAAUAACACAAUGCUGGGCCACGUCAAAUGGAUAUUACUAAAAAUAGACUAAACAGUAAAAGUAAUAACUUACAAAGACAAAUAAAAUAAAAAAAUAAGAUAAAGUAUGUAUCAUUAUUUUCAACAUUUACAAUUAUUUACUUCCAUGUCGCUCCUUUAUUUCCUGUACAAAAUACAUUCCAAUGGAAUAGAUAUAUUUAAGUAUAUGAUCUAAUUUUACAUUAAAUAAUUCAUUAUUUGCAAAAUGAUUUGUCCUAUUCGUUCGUUCUUUGUAAUUUCUUUUGAAACACAUAUCUUAAUCUGGUCCAGGGUUGCUGAAAUGUUUGUAUUUAAAAGAUUAUGUUAUCUCUUUCUAUAAUUCAAUUUUUUAUGUAUAAAUGUAAUUAAAUUCAUUUAUAUAUUGUCUUAGUUUUUUUUUUAUUUGCUUUUUAUUUAUCUAUAUCAAUAAAAUGAACUUUUCUGUA